GUUUUUAAUUAAGUGAAAAAAUUAAAGCAACAACAAAAAGGAUUGAAGCCAAGCUAAGUAAAGAACACAAAAAUCAUUACACAGCCAACAAGAACAACAAGCACGGAAAGUGUCACCAACACACGUACAUAAAGCCAGCAAAUCAUUUGGUCCGCUCUUCUGUGUGUGCGUGUGUGUGAGUGUGUGUAUAUUUGAAAUUAUGUUUGCAUAAAGCGAAGCAAAUUUAUUUGCAUUUUUUAUGCCCAUGUAGCCGCUCUCCACCUGUACAGUACCACAUACCACACACCACAUACAUAGAGAAUUGACGUGUUACAUUUACAUUUGCCAUUUGGCACAGUGAGUGAAUAAAACAAAGGAGACAAGCAACCAAAAUGGAGUCCAACACAAUGAAAUGCACACCGCUCAUUUUGUGCCUGCUCAUUGGCACUCUGCAUCUCAAUGGCAUCGAAGCACACGAGCAUAGCGAUGGCUACAGGCCAGAUGGGGAUAUUCUGCGAGUUCUUGUUAAUAAUUCGGCUCAAAUUAAAUGCGAUGUGGGCUCCAGCUUACCAGAAGACAAAGUCCUGCUGGUUGUUUGGUACAAAAACAAUUUGCCCAUUUACAGCUAUGACACACGUGGCGCUCACGCAGGCACGCCUUCGCAUUGGAGAGAUGAGGAAGUACUUGAAGAUCGGGCUGUCUUUCGCACUCACAAGGAACCCGCGGAAUUGAUUAUAAAUCCGGUGAAGGAAAAGGAUGCGGGCAAUUUUCGCUGUCGCGUGGACUUUAAGCUAUCGCAAACCAGGAACAGCAACGUCAACUUGGAAGUCGUGGUGCCCCCACAGCAACCGAAUAUUUACAAUGAGCGUCGCAUGCGCAUCGAUUCCCGUGCAGGUCCCUACGAGGAGGGCGGCAGCCUGGAAGUGACCUGCGUCGUCUAUGGCGGCUCGCCGCCGCCUACUGUCACCUGGCUGAUGAAUGGACAGCUGCAGAAUAGCGUCGUCGAUUACACCUACGACGGCACCAUCAACAGCAAAUUGGUGGUGCGCAACUUGUCUCGCAUCCACCAGCAUGCGGUCUACACGUGUCAGGCGAGCAAUUUCCACAAGAAAUACGUGGCCACCAACAUAACUAUUGAGCUCUAUCUGCGCCCACUUCUGGUAGAAAUCAGCUUCAACAAUCAGCCCAUGUCAGCUGACCGUAAAUACGAGAUUGAGUGCCAGGCAAUUGGAUCAAGGCCGCCGGCAAAAAUAACCUGGUGGAUGGGCAACCUGGAGAUGCACGGCCAUAGCCAGAAGGUCACCGAGGAUGGCAAUGCAAGCACCUCUAUACUUACGAUAACCCCAACGCGGGAGGAUCAUGGUAAGGCGUUGUCCUGUCGCGCCACCAACGAACUGGUGCGCAAUGGCAUACGAGAGACGGCCAUGAAAUUGAAUGUGUUCUUUAUACCCACCUUGCAACUGGACCUGGGCUCAAAUCUAAAUCCGGAGGAUAUCGAGGAAGGCGAUGAUGUUUAUUUCGAAUGUAAAGUGCAUGCAAAUCCUGCUGCUUAUAAAGUCGUCUGGAAGCAUAAUCACCAAAUCAUUCAGCAUAAUCAGCGGGCUGGUGUCAUUGUGAGCAGCGGAGAUCUGGCGCUGCAGGGCGUCACCCGUCACCAGGCUGGGAACUACACGUGCACCGCCUCCAACGUUGAGGGCGACGGCGAUUCGAACAUAGUCGAGCUGAAAGUGAUGUAUAAACCAAUUUGCCGGCCUGAUCAAAAGAAAAUCUAUGGCGUGGCCCGCAGCGAAUCAGCUGAAAUCGUGUGCGAAGUAGACGCCUUUCCGCCACCCGAGAACUUCAAGUGGUCCUUCAACAACACCGCGGAGACCUUCGAUAUGCCUCAAAGCGGCUUCCGGCCCCAUUCGGCGCAGGGUUCCACGCUCACCUAUACGCCGGUUAAGGAAAUGGACUUUGGCACCAUCAUGUGCUGGGCGGACAACAAUGUGGGCCAACAAAAGGAGCCCUGCGUAUUCCAUUUGAUAGCCGCGGGAAAGCCGGAAGCUCCCACCAAUUGCACCGUGGUCAAUCAAACGUCCGAUUCAUUGGAGGUCUAUUGCCUCGAAGGUUUUGAUGGUGGCAUGCGUCAAUGGUUCAUGAUGGAAAUCUACGAUCAACACAGUGGCAUCCUUCAGGCCAAUAUCAGUGCCAAGUUUGCGGUGUUUAGCGUCAGCGGCUUGGAUGCGGGUCGUCUAUUUCGUAUCUAUAUCUAUGCUGCGAAUGGACGCGGCCGCAGCGAACCCGUACCCGUGGAUGGAUACACUCUGAAGGCGGUCGAGAAGCAAACUGUUGCAUUGACUUCGUACAAGGGCAGCAGCCAGGGCACUAGCAGCUUUGAGCUGACACCCAUCCUAUCUAUUGGCAUUUUUGUGGGCAUUCUGGUGGCUCUGAUCUGCAUCGGAAUUGGCACCAUUGCGGCGUUGAAGCUGCGCUCGCACAAGCAUCAACAGCAGCAGAAGUUCGCACAUUCGAAUGCGAAAUUCUCACGUCCGGGCAAUUUGCAAAUUAAGGAUAAGAUCUCAUUGCCAUUGAGCCACUCCGAGGAGAUGUACGACGAGAAGAAUCCUGAUGUCGUUCCCUACAACGAGGUUGAUGGCGAAUAUAAACAAAAAUCAGCAACACAAACGCCAUCGGGACAUCUUUCAACAACCAGCGAGGCGGAAAUCAGCUGCAAGCCAGGCGCUACAGCUGGCGUCGGCGCUACCGUUGGCGCAAGCUGCUCAACAGACAGCGGCGCUUAUCAGAGCAGCAAGGACGAUGAGCUGCACUAUGCGGAACUUUCGUUGAACAGCGCCAGCACCUCCAAGAAAAGCCAACCCGUUUUGCCAAUCCAACAGCAGAAGCAGCCACAACAACAGCAAAAGCAAAAGCAGCAGCAGCAGCCGCAGCAAUCGCAGUCGCAGUCGCAGUCGCAGUCGCAACCAGUCAUGGGUGGCACCUUGCCACAUGGAUCGAGUAUGCGCAAGCUGUUGCCCAACAUACCGGCCACGGCAACGCUGCAGCGCCAUAAGCCAAAUGCGGGCGGACUGCAGAAUCCGCAUCAGCAUGCACCGCCGCAUUCGUACGACUAUUUCGAGGAGCCCACGAUAUAUGCACAGAUUGAUGCAUAUAAGACACGGGCCGGUGCUGCAGCUGUCAUGCAGGUGGACACAGCGACUGGAUCGGCAUUUGGGCCAUGCGUCUCAUCGCCAGGAUCGCAAGGGACGCCCUCAACCGUGUCUCCGGGCACGGUGCAAAUGUAUACGUUGCCCUCCCAUCCCGGUGGCUAUCACACGCUGCCGCAUAAUCACCAUCAGCAGCAGCAGCCGCAAAACUCCGCCUCCAUGAUGCAAAUGAUGCAUCAACAGUUGCAGCAUCAUCCAGCUGGCAACAUGCCCAUGCCACCUUCCUACCAGCAACAUCAGCAGCAACAGCAACAGCAACAACAGCAGCAGCAGCAACUGGCACACGGCCAAAUGCUCGUCUCGAGCAAUAGCAGCGGACUGGCCUCAACGGCAGCCAUAGCCAGUCCCAGCAGCUCCCUCUCCGGCCUCUCAGGCGUGGGCAAGUCCUACUCACGCGAAAUAGUUACAGUCCGUACUCCAUUAAUGUACUCGCAGCAGGAGAGCUGCGUCUAAGCCCAGAUCCUGUGCAAUUGUGAGCUCCUUGAGGUUUGUGUCUAGGCUAAGCGUUGCCAAACAAAGCGAAUUGAAAGCUAAAAUUUGAACUGUAAACUAAAUCUUCAAGCAUUGUAUUACUUAAACAUACAAAAAUGAUAGGCGGACCGCCAUUUGCCAGUUUUCCCCAUUUACGAAUAAAACGAAGCCGAAUAACUCCAUACUUAUAACUUAUAAUUAAAUAUUUAAGAGCAUGCCGUAAAUUCGAUUAUGAAGCCACAUAGAUAAGGGCAACCAUAAAACUUGACCGCAGAGCUACGAAACGUUACCAAUGCACAUAUUAAUAACAUUUCUUUGCCAGCAUACUGAAUAGUGGAAAACAUGUUACUGUAAUUUACAACAAAUGAAAAUUAAUACCAAAACUUCAUAAGUAAAUUGUGGGUAAUGCAUACUGAUACUGACUGAGCUACACAGCUUUGCUACAUAUUUCGUUCACUCUUGUUUCAUACAGAAAACCAACUCUGCAACAGCAGCAAAUAAAAUGAACUCCAAUUGAAAACGCAUCACAAAAAUGUUCCUUCCUUACAGUAAGUACUCACACAUGACAGCCACAGACGACAGCCAACAAAACCAUAUAUUUAUCUAAAAAUUAAUAUCAUAAAUGCAA